AUGCCUGUCACGGCCCUUUCGAUACUUGCCACGGUCUCAGUUACUCCGCCUCAGCUUCCGCAGCCUCAGCGGGAGCUGCUAAUCACAAGUGCCGAGGAGCUGCAAAGCGCCUUCGCCGCAGCUGCAGCUCGGCCGGCAGUCUUUCUCCGUCUUGCCGGCACCAUCGAAAUCGAUUCGACUUUUGAGAUAGCGACCGACGUAACGCUGCGCGGCAGUGGCGAUGCGCAGCUGGUCUCUUCGGGCCCACGCCUGUUUCGAGUCAACGGCGGCCGGCUCAGACUGGCGGCACUGCACCUGCACUGCACCUGCACCGCCGACGGCGUGGGUGGUGGCGCGGCGCUAGUGGAGAGUGGAGGUGAGCUGGCCCUCACCGACGUCAACGUAUCCAACUGCUCCGCUCCGGCUGGCCGCGGUGGCGCCAUCCUCGUGCGCGAUGGCCACCUCGAUGCCCGCGGCGGCAGCUUCAUCCGCUGUUCUGCAGAGUUCGGCGGGGCGAUCGCUCUGGAGGGCAACCAGAGCAGCGCGGCGGUCCGAACGGCAGUUUUGGAGGGCUGCUUCGCAUCCGCUGCGGGUGGAGCAGUCUGGAUGGGGGGAGGCGACCUCGUGCUCGACGGCUGCCGCCUCCGCCGCUGCGGCACUACCCUCGUCAGCACCUCGAGCGUCGCCGGAGGCCCUGACCGGCUCGGCGUGGUUGGGUGGUACGACCAGGCCGACUGGAGGGCGACGGCGCCGCGCGGGGGCGGGCUAAGCGUCGAGGCCGGGGAUGCGAGGCUCGUCGGCACGACAGUCGACAGGUGCUACUCUGUCAUCGGCGGCGGGCUCCAUUUCGACGCCGGGCGCGGAUCCCUCGAGGACAGCGAGGUGGCGCGGUGCGAGGCGGACCUCGCGGGAGGGUGCGUGGUCACCAAGGCGGCGGCCGUUCGGUUGACCGGCUCGUCGCUACGCGGCUGCACCGCGCAGCUGGCCGCGUCGCUGCUGGCGGUGGGCAGGCUCGACGAGGGCGCCGGCGGAGAGGUUCUCCUGGGCAACGGCAGCCUCCUCGACCCUUCGGGCGCAGAGGGACUCGCGUGGAACCAGUCAGAAGUGGAGCCGCUCCACGUCCUGAGCGGCGCAGUCUACUACGCGCUGCCGGCGCCGCCCGGCUACUGGCUCCACCUACCGCUUCAGGACACUUGCCACGUCGCGCGAGAGGCGUGCCCCGCCGACGCGGCGUGCGAGGCGCACUUCGCAGAGUGCCGGCUCCGCGCGGAGGGAGGGCCGCACUGCACGGCCCCGCUCGGAGCGUGGCAGCAGCCGUGCAACUGGCGGGCCAGCCCGUGGCUGCUGGGCGAGCGGCUCUUCACCUUCUACCAGGGCGUCAAGUACUUUGAGACCUUCCCGACCGCAUGUCGUCCCGGCAGGCUCGGGGGCACCGCUGACGCCGAGCAGAGCAGCGCUCAGUGCGCGGGCCCUUGCCCUGCCGGAGCCUUCUGCAGCGGCCACGCCAACGUUGAGCCGGUGCCGUGCCCGGCCGGCGGCUACUGCCCCGCCGGCAGCGCUGCCCCCGUCCGCUGCCCCGCCGGCAGCUUCUCGAACGCCACUGGCCAGGCCUCCGAGGACGCGUGUCUGCCGUGCUCUGUCGGCCACGCCUGCUCUGCAUUGCCCGGAGGCGCGCUGCGAAGCCUGCCCUCACCCUGUGAGCCGGGGAGCUACGCCAACGCCAGCGGCGCCGUGGCUUGCGACCGUUGCCCCUCGGGCCACUUUUGCGAGGCGGGGGCGAUCGAGCCCAGCCCGUGCCAACAAGGCAGCUUCCUCCCGUACGGCGGCAUGGACAGCCGCGACGACUGCAUCCUCUGCCCCCUCGGCCACGUCGCCAACGAGACAGGCUCCGAAAGCUGCGGCAUGUGCCCGCCGGGCACUUUUGCCGACUCGCCCGGCCUGGCCGCAUGUGCCACCACAGGCACAGUGCGAUCCCUCUGCCCGGCGGGCUCGUACAACCCAGAGCCGGGCGCGAGCUCGGUCGAGGCGUGCCUGCCCUGCCCCGCGGGCAGCCACGGCCCGGAGAACGGCGCCUCGCGGCUGGAGCAGUGCCUGCCUUGCACGCCCGGCGAGUUUGCAGACGGUGCGGGUCGGACUCGCUGCAGCCUCUGCCCUGCUGGGACCUUCGCCAACAGCUCGGGUGCGACCGGCUGCUACGCCUGCUCCGAGGGGCACUACAGCGCGGAGGGGAUGGCACGCUGCGUGGCGUGCGACACCAGGCUGACGAGCGACCGGAACGCCUCCGCCUGCCUCCUCUGCAGCGAGGGCCGCGCCGCCGCCGACGCGGCUCAGCUCGCCGAGUCCGACAUCGAUCGGCUCAACGGGCGCUACCGCUCGCCCUGUGUCGGGGGCGCCGGCGACAGCCUGUGCUUUCCGGGCCACACCGGCGUGCGGUGCGAGGUGUGCGAGCUCCCGUCGCAGCACUUUGACCGGCGCCACCUCAAGUGCACCGACUGCCCGACCGCGGCGGCGCUACUGCGCGAGCACGCGUGGGUCUUUGUCGUGCUGCUGGCGGUCGGCCUCGCGCGCCUCGCCCACCGGCUAAGCGGGCGGCUGAAGAGCCUCUCCCGCUGGUUCUUUGUGUGCGCCCUGCCAAAGAUCGGGCUCGUCGGCAAGCUCAAGAUCUUCCUCUCCUUCUACCAGGUCUUUGACACGCUCGAGCCGGUGUACGGCGUCGACGUCGCUGUCCCGGGCUACCGCCAGUUCCUCGAGACGGUGAGGCUCCUAGCGUUUGAGUGGGUGUUCGACCCCGAGCUUCUGCACAGCACCUGCCUCGGCCCGAUUGGCACGCGCAUGGCAACGUGGAUUCUCUGGCCUUUUGCGCUCGCCGUGGCGUGGAUCCUCUGUGCGGUGGCAAUCCCGGCGCUGUACCACGGAUACCGUGCGGCCGCCGACUUGGAGGAGCAGCGCGCGGCGGUUGCCUCGACCUGCGUGCUGCGCGCCUCCGUCAUCAUCGCGUACGCCUGCCUGCCGACCGUGGCUAAGAACGUCUUCAACGCGAAGCAGUGCGAGUCCUUCCGCCUCGACGACGAGCUCGGGGAGACGCAGUCUUACCUGCGCGCCGACUGGCGCAUCGAGUGCGGCAGCGCCGAGUACGAGGCGCUGCAGCCGCUCUUCUGGGCGGGCUUCCUUCUCUGGCCAGUCGGAGUACCCCUCUGCUUCCUGUCGCUGCUGCUCGCCGCGCGCCGCUGCAUCGUCUCGCGGCGGCAGUCGCGGCUCGCAGAGGCGCUCCGCUUCCUGUGGGGCGAGUACCAGCCGCGACAGUACUGGUGGGAAUGUCUCGACACGAUGCGCAAGCUCUGCCUCGCCUGCUACAUGCUGUUUGUCCAGACGGAGGACGGGUCCACGAAGCUGCUCCGGCUCUACCUCGCCACGCUCGGCACGACGAUGUACCUCUCGGUCCUCUGCUUCGCGCAGCCGUUUGCGCGGGUGGACGACUUCCAACUCGCGGUGGGCGCCAACCUGGUCCUCGCCUCGACCUUCCUCUCGGGCAUCGCAAUCAAGAUCUGCACCGACGCCGGCGGCGCCUCCGUCGCGUCGGAGGAGUGCGCCGCGUACUUCGGGAUCGACUCUGCAGAGGACAUCACCACCGUCGCAAUCGUCCUCGGCGGCGCGAUGCUCGCGGUCCUCUCGUUGGUGGUGACGUGGCGCAUAGUGGCCUCGGCGCGCGACCCGACAAUCCGACUCGUCUUCAGCGGCCGCGAGCCAAUCCUCGAGCUGCCAAAGGGCUGCAGCUUCCACGGCUUCCUUUCGCACGUCUGGGGCACCGGCCAGGACCAAGCACACACGAUCGUGCGGCAGCUGCAGUUGCUGAUGCCCGGCGUCCGGAUCUGGCUAGACGUCGACAACCUCUCCAACCUCGCCUCCCUCGAGAGCUGCGUCGCCGACUCGGCCGCCGUGCUUGUCUUCCUCUCGGCGGGCUACUUCAAGAGCGGCAACUGCCGGCGCGAGCUGUACGCGGCGAUGGAGCAGGGCAAGCCACUGGUGGUGGUGCGCGAGGGCAACGAGGAGAAGGGUGGGGGCAGCGCCGCCGACUUCCGUGCUGAGUGCGCUGCGUAUUGCUCGGACGCGGCCGCCGGCGUCGCAGAGGCCGUCUUUGCGCGCGAGCUGAUCGUCUGGCUGCGCGCGCACGAGUUCCAGCGCGAGUCGCUGAAGCAGAUCGCCCACCAGCUGCUCGCGGCCUCGCCCUCCUUUGCGCGUCCCGCCGGGGUGCACCAGCUGGCUCCCGGCCUCUUCAUCCCUGGAGAGCUCGGCUGCAUGCGCUUCGAGGUUCCGGUCCACUUGCUGGUGUGCGAGGCCAACGCGGGCGCCCCCCGCUUCGCGACCCAGCUUCAGCAGGCGGUGGACGAGGACGAGCUGAUGGCGCCGCGCAGUACCUGGGAGCAGCACACGCCCUUCACGCCGCGCGCUGGCAGAGGCGCGCGCCGCGCGCGCGCACUGCUGCUACAGGACGGCCGCGCUGCCCUCGCGGCGCUGCCAGAUCUCGCCUCGCUCAGCUGUCGGUUGCCAUCCCGUGGCUCUGCCGUCUCGACUGCGGGCCACCGGCGAUCCACCGCCGCCGCCGCCGCCGCCGCCGCAGCCGCAGCCGCCGCCGCCGCCGCCGAGGCCCGGGCGCAGCUCGCUCCGAAUACGCGCGCGCUGCUCUACCUCAACAACGAGACCUUCCGCGACCCGGGCGGGGGGACGGCCAGCUUCGUCAGGCGCGUGCUCGAGUUGGGCGUGCCGCUGGGAUGCUACGAUUGCGAGGAGUGCUGCUCACAAUCCUUCGACUUCUAG